AUGCUCAUCGACUGCGACAAAGCUAACCUUGGUUGCAGGUGUGGCGAGUCGUGGCGAGCCUUGGAUUUCAUAAAAAAGAACCGUAUAGCGACAGACAGGGCUUACCCGUACGACGGCAUUGAGCGUCGGUGCCACAUGAGGUCUGAUGGCCUUUCCCGCUUUGCUUCCAUAGAACAUAGAAGGGUUCCAUGUAGUAUACAGCGGCGAGAGGGCCUUGAUGGUGGCGGUGGCGGUCCAGGUGUCCAGCCCGUCAUAGUGGAAAUCGGGCUCGGCAUAUAUUUCCACUAUUACAGUGAGGACAUUGGCGUGUACACUGGUCCGUGCAACAACACCAUCACCCACGCCGUGGUCGGCUAUGGCACGGACGCAUUUCUACGAAGAUGCUGGAUCUUCAAGAACUCAUGGGGCACCAAAUGGGGUCAUGGAGGGUACAUGUACAUGGCACGCGAUGUGGGAGGCCCUCAGGGCCUAUGCGCCAUCCUAGCCUUCCCGAUCGUUCCGGUGUGGAGACCUAAGGUCUCGGCCAAUCCCAGCGAUAUCCCUAAGCACGCCUUGCUAGUGUAA